AACUGGAAAAAAUGGGGUGGAGCUCAGAGAGAUUGCAAAAACACACACAUCUGGAAAGAGUUGAGAAGAGAGGAGAGUAAAAUUUUCCCAGCUGGAAAACUACAUGAAGUCAAUAUAAAGUUGAGAAUUAGGAAAGAAGACAAGUUCACUGGGGAACGGGGGUGAAUGCGGUGGAUUAGUGAGGAACAAUACAGCAGAAGAGAAGAAAGGAAAUCUUGCUGAAAAGCCUGGCUGAUUCAGGAACAAAUCUAAAGGAGAUCUAAAAAGGAAAAAAAGAAAAGAUUAAAACCAGGAGGCAAGGAAGUUGGGAACUACGAAGAGGAGUGCAACAAAGACAAGAUUUGAAAGAACUGAAACUCAAGUGUCAGGAUGUCAGUGUCUCGGAAGUGUUUGUGCUGUGUCAAAUAUUUGAUGUUUGUCUUUAACCUCAUCUUCUGGCUAGGAGGAUGCGGUUUGUUUGGUGUUGGAGUGUGGCUGUCCUUCACGCAGGCAGAGAUUUCCUCUCUUCCCCUUUCGUUCCCAUCCCUCUCAGCUGCCAAUCUUCUGCUAGUUGCUGGUGGAAUUACCAUGGUAACUGGCUUCCUGGGUUGUCUUGGAGCCCUUAAGGAGCAGCGCUGUCUAUUGUUCAUGUUCUUUGUGAUCCUUUUGCUCCUGGUACUGACAGAAGUGACUCUAGUUUUGGUUAUACACAUCUUCCAUGAUAAGCUGGAUUCCAAAGCACAAGAUGAAUUAAAGGAAGGAAUGAAUGUUUACACAUCUAAACCUGGACUUAAACAAUCCUGGGACAAUGUCCAGAAAAUGUUCAAAUGCUGCGGAGUAACAAACAAAGCAGACUGGUAUGGUGUGCUGAAUGGAACACUGCCCUCAUCUUGCUGCUCUGUUGAAACAGACCAAUGUGUUGAUGGCUGGAGUGAGCCAUGUUACCAGAAGGCCAGACAGUGGCUGCUAGAUAACAUCUCCUCAGUGCUGGUGUUUGGUGUGUGUAUUGGUGUUGUGCAGAUCUUGGCCCUGGUGUUCUCCAUGUUGAUGUACUGUCAAAUUCUGUGUGCUGAGAAAUACCUGGACUGACUGCAGACUAGCUGUUAACUGGCCCUACAUGUGAAGGCUCAACACCAACUGCUCUGAGACUGCAAAACCAGAUUCUGGUGCUCUAGUGCUUACUGUGGGUUUAGACUUUAAAUGGGUGGCAUUAAGUUACCCAAUUCCCCUUAAUAUUCUUCAAAAAUCUCUUACCAUAGUUUGACCCACACACACUCACACAAAUUCAUCAUUAGGGGGGCAAUAGAGCCAACACAGCCACAUACAAAAUACAGUAUCAUGUUCUAUAUGCACAACUUCAUCAACACCAACAAGACAGCUUUUCAGAUCUUUACUUUCUAUAACCAAACAAUGCACACCUUUGUACACUAUUGGAGCUUCCUUUAUGUCAGCAACCAGAUUGCAUACACUCACCACAUGGCAAAAACAACC